GUAUUGUCUGCCAGCUGCCCGAGCGCACCUGUUAAAUAGUUUUCUGUUUGCAAUUGCAUUUUAUCUGUGCGAUGCACUAACGUAGACCGCUUCUUCAUUAUUAACAAAUUAGUUGCAGAAUGAAAGACCACAAAGUAUCUAGUUAACGCUAAUGUUUAACGGUAAAAUGGACUGUUAUUUUUAACAAAAUUUGAACAUGAUGGAUCAAUAUGAAUGUUUAUAUCAAAUGCCAGAAGAGCCAGAUUGUGUCAGUAGAUUUUUCGAUGAAAACAGUCUCAAUUCAACAAGUAGGGAUAAAAUUUCAAUAUCUUCAUCGAGAACUUUAGAUGAUUCCCAAGAUUUGAGCCAACUCUCAAUAGGCUCGGAGACAGACGGUCUCAGCUUAUCGCAGUUAACAAUACAAGAACCGGAUCCUUUGAAUAUACAGCCAUUCUUUAACAUCACUCCCCGAGUGAUGCCCGAAUCUCCGCACUACAUUAUUGAAGAAGAAUUCUCUCAAAAUCCUUGGGCGAUGCUAGUCGCAACUAUCUUUUUGACAAAAACAUCCGGUAAAACUGCCAGGUCCACGAUCAAAAGUUUCUUUGAAGAAUAUCCAACGCCGUAUCACGUAUUGAGCGACUGUCCCAGUUCUUUAGAGAGAUUCUUUGAAAAGUUGGGUUUAAGGAAACGUGGUCAAAUGAUAUGGAAGUUGAGUUAUCAAUUUGUUUCGUCAAAAUGGCGGCGGGCGAGCGACUUAUGUGGUAUAGGGAAGUACGGUGAGGAUGCGUACAGGAUGUUGUGUUUGGGGCACACGAAUUUAGACCCUGACGAUAGAUAUUUAAGGUUGUAUAUUGAUUGGUUGCAACGGCAUACACAGUUUAUGGAAGACAACGGAAUUGUAGACAGUGAAUAUAUAAUAGACGAUCCCGUUGCGAAAUACUAUAGAAUAACCUUGAGGAACUUUGUUUAAUUUUAACUGCCUGAAGUGUGAAUAUUGUGUUAUUGUGUAAUCUCUAAAACCGACUCUUUGUGUUAUAGUGAAAAACUUGAUCGCCAUUCACAACAGUGUCACUGCUCAACACCGAUUUGAACAAAGUGAUCAACCUGAUCCUUGGUCUCUAUACUUACCUACAUAAUAUGAACCUAUACAGGGUGUAAUCGUUGAGUGUGCAGAGGCGAUUAUUCCGAAACUAUAAUUCCAGAUAUCAAAAAUCUUUAAACUUAUAUAGAAAGUACUUAACCUAAUGAGUAAAAUGGCAAUAAUAAGUGUUUGAAAAUAUAACGAGAAAUAUACAAAAAUGUUACAUUAAACACUCCCAUACAUUUUAUUUCCCAUACAUUUUGUAUUAAAAGCAGAUUUUCGAAGUGACGUCCUCUGGGCAAUACAAUGAGGAGCUCUAUUUAAAGUUUCUAAAUGAACUUUCCUUAAAAAAUUGGCGAAGCAAUUAAAGCAAAAAACCAAAAAAUAACUAUAACCUUUCAUAUUAAAUGUACCAUCAGGAAUAUUCAUAUUUCAUACUAAAUGUAUGAGAGUGAUUCAAGUAAUUUUUUUUAAA